UUCUGUGUAAGUCGUCGUGGGAAUGAGCUGCCGCUAUAUCCUGUGCCAGAGGGACGUAAGCGCCGGCAAACAGCCGACGCACCAGGUUCAUUGGUCGCCGGGGGAUGCCACAGAAAAUAUUCAGCGACAACGCAACCAACUUUGUCGGCGCCGACCGCAAGCUGCGCGAGCUGAAGGAGGCGUUUCUAGCGCAAGCGCCAGAACUAAUGGGGUUCGCAGCCGAAGAAGGAUUCAGCUUUGGCUUUAUACCACCCAGGGCGCCGCACUUCGGCGGAUUAUGGGAGGCGGCCGUGAAGUCCGCCAAGCAUCUAAUCGUUCGCGCACUCGGCAACGCUCUACUAACGACGGAAGAGCUCUCAACGCUACUGGCCGAAGUGGAGGCCAUUUUGAACUCGCGUCCCCUAACACCGUUGAGCCAGGACCCCAACGACGGAGAAGCAUUAACUCCAGCGCACCUUUUAAUAGGUUGUCCUCUGCGAGCACUGCCCCCAGCACAAGUACCAACGGACCCAAUUCGUUGCUGCGAGAGAUGGCAACUUGUUUGCUGUCUGAAGCAACAGUUUUGGCAACAGUGGUCCAAACUACAUAUGUCUAACGAGCCUUAGGGAACGCAACAAAUGGCUCCACCCCAAACGCAACCUGCAGCCAGGCGAUCUCGUCCUCGUUCACGAAGACAACGUGCCGCCGCAGCAGUGGGUAAUCGGCCGCGUCGACGCAACCAUCGAAGGCCAAGACGGCAAGGUACGAGUGGCAGACGUAACCAAGGCGGGCACCAUUAAGCGCCCAAUUCAUAAACUUGCAUUAUUGCCCAUGGAUGUUGAAGGAUCCUGAUCCUGUCAAGGUGGCCGGUGUUGCGUCAAGCGACUUCUG